GUAAAAGUGAAGAAGAUGAGAGACGUAGUAAAGAAACAUGAAUGGGUAACGCAGAACCGUUACAGGAUAACAGAUACUGAAAACCAAGACUGAAAAAGUAAGGAUUCAUCCAUUCAAGAUGUUUUUGGGAACACCUCCUGAGAGUAGUUCAACCUCCCCUGUCCAAGAAGACAUUCCAGACCCUAGAAGUUCGGAUUCUGGAUCAGAUCACACUUUAUCUUUUCUUUCACAUAACAUGCUUCCCUGCUGGGCAACUCAGGCUCAGAAUGACCUCGUCCAGGCAGUGGAAGAUUUACAUCAGAUACAGGUUCGUCAUGCCAGUGAGAUUGAAACAGUUAACCGGGGUGUAGAACGGGCGAUUCUUGGAGUGCGUAGGGAGGAGAAGCGCCUGUUGGAGAGAGUCGAGCAGGACCAUCGGGACACUCAGCAGCGUUUGGAGCAAAUCCAGAGGGAAAAUAUAGCAGCCGCAAGGGUCAGCCAGUCUCUAUUAGAGCAAAGGCUUGAUAAUCUGGUUCAGCUUCAACAACGACUCCAAACAGAAGGUCAGUCUGUUCAAUCUGAAAAUGGACCAAUUCAAAACCCCUUACUAAAAGAGAUUUUAGAGUUUCUACAACCCUGGGAAAUCUCUGUUUCACUUAAGAGAGUGAACUUCAAACCAAGUUCCCAACCUAACGCAGUAACCUUUGGAGACAUUCAAGUGCAGCAGCAAGAUAUGUGUCUCAAUGUUGGAGGCUGUGGGCCAGAUGGGAAGUUGUGUGCUCUACAUUCACAGGAGAUCCAUUGUGAAGACACUCAUCAUCAAAUUCAUAUAGGAGAAAAAAACAUGCAAGGUCAGGGUUGGACAUCACCAACAGGCAGGGUGAUCAGAAGGAUUAACCUCUCAAACUGUAGUGAUCUGCAAACAGAGGAACAAAAGCUCUCUUCUGCAAAAAUACACCAAUGGCUUCCUAAGUGUGAACAGUUUGAAUGGGAAACAUCCCAAGUUGAUGAUAUGGGUACAAGUUCUCUGGCUGUCUCUUCUGCUCUUGAAAAUAAGGAGAUCAAAGUAAAGAGCACAGUACACAGUAUGACCAUUGAUGGCGAUUAUUUCUCACCCAGUAAUCAGAAAAAGAUGACUUCUUUGGCUGCCAGCAGAAAACCAUCCCCUUCCCCUGAAAGAAAAUGCGAGUCUGCUAAGGUGACUGGAUACUCAAGUCAACGUAACAUAGAUGGAGAUAAAGGAAAAGGGAGUCAUGACUCUAGUUGUAGACCUUGGCAUCAUGGUAGCUGUACACUUUCAUCUCAGAAGAUGACUUUUGUCAGUCAAAGCUGUCUAGAUAUUACUUCCAAAGCAAGAACUUACUCUCGUCAAAGCCAGUCUUCUGAUGAACACUCUCAGGGGACGCUUGGUGACUCUGGUCGUGCACCAUCUCCAGCAGAUAGCCUUGACUCCAGCUAUACCUUUAUUGUUAGCCCAUCACGUGACUUCAGUUUGAGCAAAGGCUCUUUGAAUAAAAGUUUUCAUCUUUCCAAAUCAGCAGUAGACCUAACACAUAAGACAAGGCCAUGGAUUAGUACCGGUGCAAAUAAGCAACGGGUGUCCAGAGUUAAGAGUGGCAACUAUAACAACACUCUAAGCAGAGGAUUCAGAGUCUUUGAAAGGGGUCAGAUCCCUCAAUAUCCUAACUCUGCAGAACACAACAUACUGCCACAGUCAAAGCAAAUUCCCACAACAACUAGAUUACAAGAAGUCCCUGUUGUUAGGUCAUUGUCCAUGUCAUUCAUAGAUGGGUCCUGUCAAGAGCAAAAGAGAAUUAGAGGGGAAGGUGAAGAGCAUGCCCUCAUGGAGUUGGAAGAGGAGGUUGAUCCAUCAUUAACAGCGCUCAAGGCAAGUGGUGCUCAUCUCACGGGGCAGUUUGGGAGACAGGGUUCUGGCCGAUCUGACCUUACACUACCAAGUGGUAUCCACGCCACACCACAUGGGCAACUCUUUGUAGUUGACUGUGGAAAUGCACGUGUCCAGGUGACUGAUCGUCAGGGGAAUGUUCUUCAGCAAGUGACUUCUCCAAACAUCAGUGGCUCCUCCAGACGAUGUCGAAACUACUUCGACAUUGCUGUCAAUAGCAAAGGUCUGAUUGCCUUAAGCUGUGCUGCAGAAAGAGCUUUGCUUGUGUUCAGCCGCCAUGGUCGUCUUCUUGAGAUUUUUGGAGGAUCAGGGUUAGGCUCUGCAAAAGAUGAACUGGAAGCUCCAAGAGGGGUGACUGUAACCAGACUGGAUGAAUUUUUGGUUGCUGAUAUCAAAAAAGGCAAUCUUAUUGCCUUGAAGCUUGACCCUAAAACCGGCUGCAGGCUUGAACGCACAGUAGUGACCGGAUUCCACAGGCCUUACUUGGUAGCAGCCUGUUUGAGCUCAGGUAUAGUAGCGGUGUCCGAAAGGGGCAAUGAAACAGGACGUGUACCCUGCAUCAAAGUUCUGGAGCCAGGUUGGAACACAGUGAGAGUUCUUGGUGUAUGUGCUGGUAUGGGACCGGUCCUUACAUGUCCCUGGGGCAUAUGCAUAGAUAAAGAAAGCAAUAUCCUAGUUGCAGACUGGGGAGAAGAGCACAGAGUGGUAUUGUACCCUGCUCAAGGCAUCGGCUGGCCCAUCAUAACGCAGGGCUUGAGUAGCCCCCGUGGUCUGACCCUGUUACCGGAUGGGCAACUGGCAGUGUCUGAUAGCAUGCAUCAUUGCAUCAAGAUUUACAAGUAUAAAGGGUCACAUGUCUAAAUAUACUGUUGAUCUUCUAGGAAAGUGUUGAGCAAACUCUGUGGUGAUGAUUAACUUAAUCACAUCUUAAAAGUGUAUAUUAUGUGAUAAAUACAGUUCACAUUACUGCUGAUAUGAAAUUCGGUUUGAUUCAUCUAGAAGGAUGAUCAGUAUAAUUAGCUGUUUACCAUAAUUAGAAUAGUGCAAUCUAGUGAUGUUGGGCUCGAGUCAGUCUGCUCGACACAGCUUUGACCUUUUUGAAGCAGGUGUGGCAUUGAGGAGUGUUUCGAGAGCGCUCCAGUCAUGCAACUGCUGAGAGCGAGGCAUCAUUUCCCCAUACUUUGUGCUGAGAUUCACAGUAAUUUCGAAUAAUCUAUGUGUUUCAAAAUUACUGAAGCUUUUUAACUGCAUCAGAAUUGCAGCUCAAACUGUGGGUUUUUUCUUUACAAUUUUAUUUCAAAGACGGUAAGAAAUUUCACAGCUCACGAUUUAUGUUCUCUACUUGGACUUGUCUAUCCGGAAGCCAAACAAAUAGAAGGGGAAUAUGAAGCUC